GCAAGGUGCAGGGGUGUCUGGUCGCCAGCUGGUCAUGAGGAUGGUGUAUGAGGCUGGAAGGAAGUUUUCGAAGUCAGACCACUGUUUGGCCAGGGUUAGUGCGUUGGUAAGUGUGCCCAGGUCCCUGUAAGUCUGUUUAUGUGUAUGUGAAAGGGCCAGUGCCUAGUGAGCCUGCAUCUCCUAAGUUCAUGUCAUUUAAUGUGGAACUAAAUGGGGCAGGGGGGGGAGGCUAGCCUGAAUGGGUACGAGCUAGUGUGUUAGGGUGAGUUUGUACUCCUCUGUCAGCCGUUGUCUGCAUGUUUGGGGUGGGGGGAGGGUAGUCAAUAGCUCAAGCAGCUCUUUGGAAUUUAUGAUCUUCCAAAUCUUCUAAUUCCCCCCACCCCCAUUUCUGUGAGGUCCCUGGCUGUGGUUCUAGAAGGAUUUCGCAAUCUCCUGAGAGUCAGUCUCAUGAAUCAAUCUUGGCUCUCACUCUCUGGAUCACCGUGUCUCUCUCUCUGUCUCUCUUUCCUAGCUCUUCCCAUUCCUGCCAUCCCUCUCCCAAGGCUGCUGUAGACCACAUCCCUGAGAAACUUUUAAAAGUUCCUCUACCCUCAGGUGCCAAGAGCAGGCCUGGUUCAUACUUAGCUACCUACCCAGCCAAACAACUCAAGGAUCCUCCCCACCCUGAGCCCUGCCCCCGAGAGGCCUCGGAGACAGAAGCUGUGCUCAACCCUCGAUCCUCAUCCUUUCCUAACUGUGGCCCCUGAGUCCUCCCCAGUUCUGUGGCAUGUACCAUGUGUACCAGGAGUCAAGCCGCUCAUCUUCAUAAGACAGGUCCUUAGGGACCCUCUCCCUUGACUCCCCACCUCCAAGGCAGCUUUGAGGGGGGGGGUAAGGGAAGAAGCUGUUGGAGCCCCUUGGAUGAAGACUCAGAAGAAUUCUCAGCUCCUUGACUUGUCCCAAAGGACAGUCUCUCAGUUCAGGGGCUUGCUGGGUCGGCUUUCUCCUCCUCAAACCUCAGCUCCUGCCACUGCUCAGCCUCCCCAGACUGGGGGCCGCCUCUCCCCAUGUGAAGGGGCUGGCACCGGGCCCCAGACCAUGAUGUUGGGAACCUCUUGCUGAAGUCUGCCCCAGAACCCAAAGCCAGUCCAGAGAAAGAGGAGGAGAGGACAGGCGUCUGGGACCAUGGCUGUGUCGGCCCAGCUGGCCCGGGCCCUCUAUGACAACACAGCUGAAUCUCCGGAGGAACUAUCCUUCAAACGCGGGGAUGUACUCCGGGUGCUACAAGGGGAGGGGGCCGGGGGGCUGCAGGGUUGGUGUCUCUGCUCCCUCCACGGCCAGCAGGGGAUCGUGCCUGCCAACCGAGUGAAGCUUCUACCCACUGGCCCCAGCCCUGAGUCCAGUCUUUACCAGGUGCCUCCUACUCGCCAGAGCACACCUGAUGCAGUCCUGGGGCCUGGUCACAUGGAACAGGAAGUGUAUGUGAUACCCCCACCACCUCGGCCUUGUUCUGACCCAAAACCCUCACCUGGAUCCUGCCCACCAUCCCCAGAUGCCAUCUAUAAAGUCCCCAGAAGUAGUGUAACACAAACAGAUGCCCCUGGAGAGACUCGAGAGGUUUAUGAUGUACCCCCCACUGCUCUUCGAGUCCCCCCCAAUGACCCCUAUGACUCCCCAGUCCCUUUUCCCCGCCCCCUAGCCCGAGCAUCCACUCUGCUCCCUGGGGGAGAUGAUGCCCCCUAUGAUGUCCCUCCAGCUCUGAAGCCAUCUCCUGAACCCGACCUGGAGUGGGAAGGGGGCCGGGAACCAGAGCCCCCCCUCUACGCAGCCCCCUCCAACCUGAAGCGGGCAUCAGCCUUGCUCAAUUUGUAUGAAGCACCAGAAGAGCUUAUGGGAGAGGGCACCUCCACCAGCAGCGACGAAGCCAUCUAUGAUGUGCCCCUGCUCGGUCCUGAGGAGCCCCCACCCCCUAGAGCCCCUAGUCCCCCUGGCUCCAAUCCUACCCCGAAUGAUCUAGAGACCCUAGCCCUGCUCCUGGCUCGGAGUCCACCCCCUCCUCCUCGGCCCAGGCUUCCCUCCACCGAGAGUCUGUCCCGGCGUCCAUUGCCCGCUCUGCCUGUCCAGGAACUCUCAGUCCCAUCUCCUGUCCCCUCUCCCGCCUCUGGCCGAAAAGGGAGCAUCCAGGAUCGGCCGCUGCCUCCACCACCUCCCCGCCUGCCCAGCUAUAUGGGACUCAAAACUGAGGGAGAUGAGGAGGGAAGAGUGGGUGAUGCAGGAGCAGGAACAGCAGACCACCACAAUGAGUAUGAGGGCAUCCCCCUGGGUGAGGAGUAUGACUACGUUCAUCUCAAGGGGAUGGAAAGAGUCCAAGGGUCUGAUCCCCCGGAUGGGGCCACACCUGGGGUCCCUGAGCCAAUGCUUCCAGAGAGGCUGCUGCAAGAGGAGCAGGAGACCCCAACCCCAGGGGAACCCCUGGAUUUGCCUUCGGGUGACCUGCAGCUAUUACACUUCUAUGCUGGGCAGUGCCAGAGCCACUACUCAGCUUUGCAGGCCGCCGUGGCCGCCCUGCUGGCCAGUACGAGAGCCAACCAUCCCCCUCGCCUCUUUGUGCCCCACAGCAAACGAGUAGUAGUAGCAGCCCACAGGCUGGUAUUUGUGGGGGACACGCUGGGCAGGCUGGCGGCAUCGGCCCCUUUACGUGCUCAGGUUGGCACCGCUGGGGCUGCUCUGGGUCAGGCACUACGGGCCGCUGUGCUGGCUGUCAAGGGUGCUGCCUUAGGUUACCCCUCGGGUCCUGCUGCCCGAGAGAUGUCCCAGCGGGUUGCUGAGCUGGCUGGGCAAGCAUUGCAAUUCACUACCCUGCUCAGUGGCCUAGCGCCCUGAGCAUCACACCUCCCCAACUGCUGGACACCCACCGGACCUCCCCCCAAAACAAUUCCAAAACAACCUAGAACUCCCUCCCCAGCCUGAAAUGACUGACUCCCCUAUCUUCUGGAGUCCUCAGGGAGGUCCCUAAGCCUGUCAGCCCUCCCUGCCAUGGAUGCCGUGAAUGCAAUGGGCGGUUGUCCCUCCUCAAUCCUUUUUCAUUCCUUCUGAUCAUCUCAUUCUCCCUUCUCCACUUUGGAUUCUUCUCAUGCCCAUAUCCUCCUUCAGCAGCUUUUUGUAUGAUCCUUUUUAUAUAAAUUAUUUAUAUUUAAUAUUAUUCCCCAGAUUAUUAGGGGAGGGAAAGAGGAGGCACAUGGUCUGCCAUGGAGGGUGGGGGGAGGAUUUCCCAUCCUGCCCCCAUCUUGGGCAUUAGAUCCCUAACCUUCCCCAGCUCAGCUUCAAGAAGAAAAACACAUGGCAAAGGCAAAAUGCUGGAAGGACUGGGAAGCCACUCCCUUGCAUCCUGUGGUCAGAACCAGCUCAGAACCCUCUGCACCUCCAAGGGUGAUGGUGAGGUGAGGAUGAAGCAAGGAUGCUGAGCCCACAGCUUAGGCCACCAGGGAGUGGGUGAAGCUGGAAAUCUCCUGGAACUGAAUAUGGGAUCGUGGGAAGGCCCCUGAGAAAACCAUGGGGGAAAGAAGGGGAAGGCAGAGAGCAUCGUAAACUGGAACAGUGCACCUCAAUAAAACCUGCUCUUCGUCAACCA